AUGGACUUAUCGGCAGGCACAGGUCCCCAAGGACCGCAGCGUGAACAUGCAGAUGCGCUCUCACAUAUCCGGAAGGAAUCCAUGGACACAUACAACAGGAUCCACUCCAUCGCAGAAGACGUCAACUUUGUAAGCGAAAUACAUGCAGCAUAUUCAGACCUGCCUGUUCUGCGUGAGCUAUCUCUAACUCAAAUCUCCGUUGCGGUGCUUGGUACGUCGACCCAAAACGAACAGGAGCCGGCGUAUUUCAAGUCGACGGAUGGACAUUUCGGCAACUGGUCCUUCAACUUAAGGCGACCUAAUCUGCACUUACUGUCUGUCGUGGUCGCGGAAGGAGGACUCCUUAUUGUCGAUUCCACACGUUCCGGGAAGCGAAUCCCCGAUGCUCUGUCAAAAACGGUGCCGAUUUGGUGUGCGGUAAUCAACCGUGCCGUUCGCCGAAGAUACCCAAGUCCUGAGAAGCAAGAUUGGGAUCUUCAGUUAUAUUGUCCGCCCGUCGCCGUCAGUGAGCAAGAGCGAGUUCAGAUCGAAGCAAAGCUUGAAGGAUGGGUAGAUGCACUUCUUGGAUCGUCCUAUAUCAUCUCGGACAUUGCGCGUCCUCUCAGGCCACUCUGGAUCACACCAUCAACCUCGGUUCUCCCUCAUUCAUCCCCAGACACCCUGCAAUUCUAUCCCAUAGAUCUGGCGACGAUCACGAACUAUGGGGCAAGGCAAGACCCUUUUUCGUUUUACGAUGAUGCCAUUCCUGACAAUAGGGCACAGGGUCUUACCCCACAGCUGUUCUGGAACAACAAAGAUAUGCUCUUGGGCGCAGCUAGAUCACAACUUCCUGCAUUGGUCGAUUCACUUGUCACAGCCUCUAAAGGUGUUGCUACAGCUAACAAAUGGACGACAAAGCCGACGCCGAUCUCCAAAGUGGGCGGCAUGAUCUUGAUCACCUCAGUCUCAGAUCUGCCAUCACCCCUGCCCCGCAACUUGGAUGGUUCCGUAGAACGGCUCUCGUUCGUUAUGAUCGCCUCUGCGGUGCCGAGCAAUCCUGGAUCGCUGACUGCCACGGACAGCGAGAGCAUUCUUCGCCUACACCUUUCGGAAGGAAAGAAAGACCAGCUGUACUACCUCCAGCACAUUCUCCCCCGCGCAACGAAAUUUAUUGGUUCCCAACUGGCGAAGGGUGUACCAGUUUGCAUCUGCUGUGAGCAUGGCACCGACGCUAGCGUGGGUGUUGCUGUGGCUGCAGCUCAGCUGUAUUUCGACGACGAAGGUCGCUACUUGCAGUCUCGCGAAGAACAGACUACAUUGCGUACGUUAUCUCCACCUUCCACAGAAUGUUUGGGUAUAUUCAUGGUCAGUACAAUUACAGGAAAUGCUGCGAACAAACAAUCUAUCAGCAAACGGCUACAAUGGAUCAUUUCUAGUAGACCACAGGCGAAUCCCUCGCGCACCACACUCAAACGUGUGAACGAAUACAUCCUGUCUUCGCCCUCCUUCCGUCGCCCGCAUGAUGUCGACCAGCAGUCGUGA